AUGUUGCCGGCGAUCGCCCUCGUCACGGCGUGGAGCAGCCCAGCAGCGUGGAGCAGCGUCGGCGGCGGCAUCUCACCGACGGUGACGAUUGCUGACGGCGUGCUCAUGCCGCGCAUCAGUCUCGGGACUUGCUGCGGGUCCGAGGUCACGCACGCCUUCCCGGCUUGGUGGACGUCCGGCGGCCGAGGCGUAGACACUGCCCUUGACUACGGGAAGGAGGUGCCCGGCGGCAAAGAGGCUGAGCUCAGUGCCGCCAUCGCCAGCGUGGGUGCGCCUCGGAGCGGCGUCUUCAUCACGACCAAGGAAAGCUCGGCAAAGGGCAGAAUCCGUGCCGGACUCGACCCGCUGCAUCUGGGCCCGCUUUGCGUCGGCCUCGACGCAGACUACGCUCUGAGCGCCGUCAAGGCUGACCUCGCCCAGCUCAAGGUCUCGCGCGUCGACCUCGUGCUGCUGCACGCGCCGUGCGCCUCCGAUGCGACCAACGCGAAGCUCUGGCGGGGCCUGGAGGCGGCGCUCGCACAGAAUCUGACGCGAGCCAUCGGCGUGUCAAACUUUGACAAGGCGCGGCUGGGCGCGCUGCUCAAGGCGGCAGCGACCAAGCCGGCGGAGAGGGAGAUGCUCGAGUAUUGUGCCGAGAAAGGCAUUGUCUUCGAGGCAUACGCGGCGAUGCGUGGCUGCCCCUUCUCCGACCCGCGCGUGCAGCGCGUCGCGGCGGCGCACGGCGUGGGGGCGUCGCAGGUGUGCUUGCGCUGGGUCCUGCAGACCGGGGCGGCGAUGGCGGUCGGGCUCGGCAAGAACGAGAGCAGGAUGCGCAGCUACGCGAGGGAGGACUUGGGCAUCUUCGGGUUCGAGCUCAGCGCCGACGAGAUGGCGACGCUCAGCGCGACCGGCACACAAAUCAAGUCUUGCGCGCCGGACGCCUGGCGCCUUGCGCGCCCGGCGCUCGCCGUAUUGAGCGGUAUGCGGCUGCGCCACGACUGGAUCGAGCAGCUGCUGCUCGCCCCCUCGGGGCCUCCGAUGAGCCGCGCUCUCCAGGCCAUCUGCGUGCGGCAGCUCACCUGCUACGGGCUCCUGCUGCUCCAGCUCUACGCGGCGUGGGCGAGAGGCCAGCUCGUCGGCCACCCCUCGGUCGGCGCGAGCCUCGCGGGCCUCUGCGCCGGUUGCGUCGGCGUCGCGUGGCGCUCGCGGCCGGCCUUUGCUCAGCUGAUGGCCCCCGUCGCUUUGCUCCACCUCGUGAUUGCCGCGCUGCACGCGCUGCCUCUGCUGCGGUGGGCGGCGAGGCAGCGCUUCGGCUUCCUCGGCCUCGCCGUCCCCGCCCUGCUCCACUUCGUCGCCGCCGUCCUCGCCGCCAUGGGGCUGCAGGCGGCCGCGAGCGCCGGCGCCGUCGCCGCGCGCCGCGUCGAGCGGAGAGAGCCGCCGGCGCCGUUUUCGCGCUCGCUCACCUCGCCGCGCCGAGCGCCGGCGCUGGUGGGGCGGGGGCAGGCGGCGGCCGUGCACAGGGCGCCGCCGAUGCCGCCCCUGCCGCAGGCAGACCCUCGGAAGGCCUCCUGA